GUAUUCAAAAUUUUGUGUAGACACAAAUGUCUGUACCUUUUAUCAUUACAUUAAAAGUUGUGAAGUUUAAAAACUCUUAGUGACGUUAGUGCUGGUUUCCAUCUUUCCAUCGAGACCAAUGACGCGCUCUGUUCUGCUCGCUCAUUGGUCCAUCCUGUCUGCUUACUUUCACUUUCUCUCCUCCGCUGCUGCAUCACGCUCCUGCUCCAGCCAGCGAGACUGGCUCACAGCUCCUGUACUACAGCUGGAGUUUACUAUUAAUUCAGGCUACAUUAUAUUACUUGCUUUGCAGCAGCUGCACGUCUUCGAUGGGAUGAAGAAAAGGCUGUAACAUAUUCCGGGCGUAGUGACGCAGUGAGCUGUUGUUCGAGGUUGAAAACAAAAGUGAAAGUGUUUUUUGUCUGUUCUCAUCAAUUGUUUAGCUUUGUCUUGUCCUAACGUCAAACUUUGCUAAUAAUAGGCUACUUUUAAAUCAUAAAAACACGGAAACGGGACGCCAUGAUGAAGAUUGAAGUAAUACUGUUUGGAUACUUCGUGACAAGCGUUUAUGCUGACGGGGUUGCAGAUGUGGUGCUCUCCUGCACUCUGGUGGAGGAGGGAUCCGGACUGGGUGGAAUGGGAGGUGGCGCUCUUUUCAGACGGACCCCGGCUACUCUUGUCUUAAGAGACGUCGCAGUGGCUCCUGACGAAGACCUUGAGAUGCUUACUCCGUUUGUCCCGCCUUCUGUUCCUGACCCAGAUGCCCUCCUGUUAGAAGCCAAAGUGUCCUCACCUGAGAUCCCCAAUGCACAUGUGUUGCUCCACGCGGACUGCAACGAUAAGGAGGUGCUGUGCGAAAUAAGCCGUUACUCCCUUCGUGGAUCUCAGGAGAAGUCAGAACCAGCUUAUUUCAUGGUGUCCAUUAACGUGGAGGGAGGUGAAUUCAGCACUUCGUUGAUUCUGCAGACUGUGUCGAUGCAGAAGGACGAGUCGACAGUCAUGCAAAACAAACUGUCUUUGCCUCUCAGCGAGUCGGGGACUCUUCUGACUGAGGUGAUAUUCCUGGUGUUUUCCCGCAUAAAGUCUGUGUCCGCCCUCCUGAGAGGUGAUGUUCUCCUCAGCUGUGGCUUCAAGCAGACGGAGACACCUUUAGCGCAGGAAGUGGGCAUCGAAUGGCGACUGCAGCACAGGGGAAAAGGGGCGAAAGUGCUUGAAAUGAAGACAAGGUUGGAUGAUGCAGAGGGGAGUGCAGAGGUAAACGCAGAAAGGAUCGGGUCGAGCAUGAACGCCUCCCAGGUUGUCGAGGGUGACGCCUCUGUGACUCUGACCAAGCUGAAGGUUGCAGACGAGGGGACCUACAUCUGUACUGUCAGUGUCGGCCUUUUUCACGCUCAGCAGGUCAUUCAACUCUCGGUUAUAAAACCACCUGAUGUUUCACUCUCAGAGGAGAAGUUGGUUUUAUCAGCAAAGUCACAUCAGACACUGAGCUGCCACUGCAACAAAUACUAUCCACUGGAUUCUCAGAUAGAGUGGUUGUCCCUUUCUCCUACAGACACGGAGCCCUCAGUGCUUCCAGAUCAGGGCUCUCUGUCCAGCCAUCGACAGCACGGUGAUGGGACCUAUUCACUGUCAUCUCACCUAAAUGUGGCCUCCACUGUCGCCCCUGGGACUAAAAUCACCUGCAGGGUGUCCCACCCAGCCCUGGACGCUCCUCUCUCCGUUAGUCUGCUGGUAGAAGGUCCAAAACCAGCUUCCUACUGGUGGAUUCUGGGUUUCCUGAUCAUCACUGUGCUCUUCUUCUACCAGGUCAUGAGAUAAAUUAGCAGGUACAUAUUCCAGUAGAUAAUCUGAGCCCAGAGAGACUCCUUUGUGUCAUUUAUGAGACUGUAAGUUAUUAGGAGUUUCAUUAGAAGCCAUCACUGGAUCUUUUAACUCUUCAAGGCUUCGACUGAACUUUGAAUGGUAAAAACUGCAGACUAAACUGUAUUUGACUUUCUAGCUGGAUAAUUUAUUUGCUUAAAAAAUGUGUUAUUGAGUUUUAUUUUGGUGGUUUACUUAUGUGAAGCUGAUAUAAGCAUGAUUGGAGCUUGCAUUUUGGUACCUGUGACAUAUUAAAUUAGUUGCAACUAUAAAUUCUGAAAAAGAAAAAAACUUUUUGUUAUAAAAUGUAUCAACAGCAGUUUCAUUAUUCCUCUUACAUUGAUUUAUGGACCUUUAUUUUGCCUUUCUAAUGCUGUGGGACACAUAACUUAACCAGCAUUAAGUGUGUGUAUGCCAAAUCACAGAGGACCUUAGUUUCUUUUAAAGACUAAAUUAAAUCAUGCAUAUGUAGGCGUGCUUGUAUUACUUGUAUUUGGGAUUUUGUCACUUAUUUUAGCAUCACUGAUCUGCUUUUUGUGUGUGUUUCUGCUGAGAACUUCUACUGAUAAACUGAUGUGUCAAUCAUUGAAAGCUCAUGAUGUGCAUCCAAAACCUUGUUUAAACCAACAGAAAUUAAUUUUAAAUUCUAGUGGAGGUCCCAAAGUUUUUAAAGAUACCAAAUAUUUCAGGGUGAUUUUGUUUUCAUAUCAAAUCAUAUGAAAAAUUCCUCUGAAAUUAUUAACAAGAUAUCUAGAAUUUUCCCAUUGUGGUACAGAUAUAAUUUUUAAAAAGUCUUAUGUUUGAAUAUUUGACUCAUUGUAAACACAACUGCAACAAACUAAUGGAAACUAUAGAAUUCAAUUAUAAUAUAGAUGAAAAUUAUAAUAUAUAGUUUAAAUAGUUUAUUUUUGGAAAGGCUAAUUCUGUUGUACUGUUUUCAUUUGGUACUUAAAACAUUUUUGUGUGUGAUAUUGAUAUUGUUUCUCUCUCUGUAAUUUGCUUUUUACAAUGAAGGAUUUUGUUACCCAGCACUGUUUUAGUAUUUGCAUUUGAUAUUAUUAAUAUCCUAAGUACACCUUUUUAUUUCAAAACUGAUUGGAAGUCUUGUAAACAAAUCAACAAUCUGUAUAUUGUAAUAAGAAAGUGGUGUGUUUAUUGGGAGAAAAACAUCUCCUGACAAGGUCUAAAUUGGCUCAAUAUGUCAAAGAGAAUAUAAAAAGGUCAGCACUCAGAUCUGUUGAUGAUUUCUUUAUUGGCAUCAGCAAAAGUGUUAAGCAUGCAUUUGUUUUCGCAAAUCCAGUUGCAUUAUCUUACUGCAUUUUCAGGUUGUAAAUCACAAAACAUGUUCUCAUAUCUCAUGUGGUAAUUAUCUAAUAAUACUGCUGCACAAUAUCAUCAGAUAAUUAUAACUAACUGCUACAAUAAUGCAUCUUAACAUUAUCAACUCUCAAAAUCAGUCAGAAGAGAGGAAAAUUAGAUUUUCUUUUAUAUCCAACAACCCCCUGAAAAACCUGAAGGAAUUUAUAAACACAUUUUCAGGAGCAUUAUCUGAUGUGUAUGUGUACUA